AUGACCAUGUACACUUUUACCUUCCUGUGUGCCUUCGGCCUCUUUGCUGCUCUUCAGGUGCCUUGCACCUUGGCAGGCCCUAUGCCAAAGGACACCGUCCUGGCCUCUUCCUCGGAUGCGAGUGAGAUCGUGGAGAAGCAUAACGAGCUGAGAAGAGGUGUUCAGCCUACUGCAAGCAACAUGCUAAAAAUGUCCUGGAACAGUGAGGCUGAAGCCAAUGCUCAGAGAUGGGCCAACACCUGCUCCAUGAACCAUAGCCCUGAUAGCGCCAGAACGAUCAGCACUAGCGGCUGUGGAGAAAACCUGUACAUGUCCAGCUGGCAGAACACUUGGAGCAACGCCAUCCAGUCCUGGUAUGAUGAGGUGAACGACUUCCGUUAUGGAGUGGGAUCUGUGAACGGAGGAGUUAUCGGACACUACACACAGUUGGUUUGGUACAGGUCUAACCAGAUUGGCUGUGCCAUGGCCUACUGCCCCAACUCCCAGUACAAGUACUUCUAUGUCUGCCACUACUGCCCACCUGGUAAUGUAGGCCAAACGUCUCGCCCCUACAAGGCCGGACCCUCAUGUGGUGACUGCCCCAACGCCUGCGACAACAAACUGUGCACCAACCCCUGUCCCUACAGCGAUCAGUACAGUAACUGUCCAGACCUGAAGCAGCAGUGGGGCUGCAGCAACAGUGAUGUGGCAUCUUGGUGUCCCGCCUCCUGCAAGUGCAGUUCUCAGAUUAUUUAA